CUCCAGCACUCCGCCAUGGCGGCCUCUGCGGACAAGUGUCCCGUCGACCAUCGUGCCCUCGCAUCUUCGUCUGCGGAAAAGUGCCCUGUUGACCACACCCAGCGCUCCUCAUGGGCUUCUAUACUUGGCCGACAGUCAGAAAAUGCCCAUGGCGCGGCAGAGCUCCCCGACACACCCCUUCCUCCGACUAACCUUCCGCUUGACCGAGAAACAUCGUCCAUACCGAGGAUAGAUGGCGGUAAUUGGGUGUACCCAUCACAAGCCCAGUUCUACGCCGCUAUGGCGCGCAAGAACCAUAAUCCCCAGGAGACAGACAUGAAGGUCGUUGUACCCAUACACAAUGCCGUGAACGAGCGUGCGUGGACGGAGAUCAUGAAAUGGGAGGCGGGGCAGGGCGGCGACAAGUGCGGCGGCGUAAAGCUCGUGAGCUUCAAAGGCCGACCCAAUGAAAGAACGCCUAGAGCGUGGUUUUACUCAUUACUUGGAUAUUCGCCGCCAUUUGACCGUCAUGACUGGAUUAUCGACCGCUGCGGGACACGAACGCGCUAUGUCAUCGAUUUCUACUCGGGACGUACCAGCGGCCCUCCGUCGAAAAACCUGUCAUUCUUCCUCGACGUACGACCAGCACUCGACAGCUGGGACGGUGUCCGACUGCGUACGGAGCGGUUUUGGGGGAGGGUUUUAGGACGUCUAUGGGGAGAAUCAGUGCAACCAGACAAUGCACAUCCGCGAUCCUAGAUUAGUGUGCAUAUGGCAGCUACACUAUAACUUAUUGCCGUAUAAUGACUCUAGUGCCCAGCCCCAGCUUUCGCGCAGCGGCGGGAGAAC